AUGAGCCGGACUGGUAGUUCGCCCUGCACUGGGGCUGAGGAGAACCGUGCCGGACAGGGGCUGGUGUUCCAGAUCCAAGCCCAACUGGAGGAGCUGUUUUCGGACUCACAUUUGUCUGAAGACGGCUUCCUCCUCAAACACAUCCAGAAGAACAAGGACGGUUUUGUGAACCUGAAGUUCCUCACCAGCUUGAAGAAGAUAAAGGUCUUGACCGACAACCGUUACAUGACCCUGGCUGCAGCUCUCCUCUCAUCUCUACUGGAGGUGAGCUCUGAGUUCACCAGAGUGCGUCGCCUCCUCCCUUAUCCUGACUGGCUCCUCUGCUCCCCCACCAGCAAACUCCUCCUCUUCUGGAACCUUCCUACAGACUGGCUCACCCCGCCUCGCCAGACCCCCCAAAACCUCCACCCUACCCCCGCCUUACACCCGCGCAUCCUCGCCAGGCUCAGCUCUUACGGCACCAUCACCGCCCACUGGUUACUACCUGCGGGUCAGGAUCUACCGAAAGAACUUCAAUGCUACGCCAAAUGCCAGAGGGAACUUGGUCAAUGUCUGUGCGCUGUGGUGAAGUUCGACACCUUGGCUGCAAUUCGGAAAGCCUACAGCGAGCUAAAGGGAGCGGAGGUGUCUGCUGGGAAAAAGCCAAAUGUAGUGACUUUGGGAUUCAGGUCUGCAUAUCUUAUAGAGAAAGAGCAGCUAAUACAGAGCCAAGGGGAUGGCAAAGUAACACUUGAGGUAGUUCUUGAAGUAAACAAAGUGACAGAAAAUGUGGAAAUCCAAGAGGCGCUGGGUGAGGGGGCAGAUUUGGACUCAGGAUGUGCAGAUGUGGCCAUAGAGACGUGUCUGAAUGCAAGAGACACCCCACAGGUGCCGUGGAUACUGAGGAACAGAGUGGCUCAGGUUAAAAACAGAGUAAAAGUGAUUCGUCUUCCAAGAGGACCGGACGGUACUAAAGGGUUUCGUGACAGAAGGAAGCCAUAUGUGUGA